CCAGCACCGGAAGCGGCCCCGCCCCGGGCCCAUCGCGCAGGCGCGGCCGUGUCGUCACUUCCGGCGGCCGGAGCCGUUCCGGGGCGGCGGGGCCGGGACACGGCGCUGCUGCUGCGGGAGCUCCGAUUCCUGCUGCAUUAUGUCAGGAGACAGCGACUGCACCAGGACAAGUCCAUCAGCAGGGUCUCCAUCAGACAACGAGCUCUUGCCGGAUCGGCCAAAGUAUGUUUGUUCACUGUCUCCUGAUCUCGUUACCAAAGCCCGGGAAGAGCUCCAAGAGAAACCCGAGUGGAGGCUCCGUGACGUGCAGGCGCUCCGGGAUAUGGUGUGCAAGGACUACCCCUCCCUGGGGACGUGCCUGGACGAUGCUUUUCUGCUGAGAUUCCUCAGAGCCAGGAAGUUCGAUUACGAUCGAGCGCUUCAGCUCCUGGUGAACUACCACACCUGCAGGAGGACCUGGCCCGAGGUGUUCAGUAACCUGAAGCCAUCUGCAAUAAAGCCUGUCCUGGAGUCAGGCUUUGUCACUGUGCUGCCUCAUCGGGACCCGGAGGGACGUCACGUCGUCUGCAUCCGCCCAGACAGAUGGACACCCAGUAAUUAUCCGAUUACUGAGAACAUUCGUGCCAUAUACUUAACCUUAGAAAAACUCAUUCAGUCCGAAGAGACCCAGGUGAAUGGAAUUGUAAUCCUGGCAGACUACAAAGGAGUCAGCUUAUCUAAGGCGUCUCAUUUUGGUCCUUUUGUAGCCAAAAAAGUGAUUGGAAUUCUUCAGGAUGGAUUCCCCAUUCGAAUAAAGGCUGUUAACAUAAUAAAUGAGCCUCGUAUAUUCAAAGGCAUUUUUGCAAUCAUCAAGCCUUUUCUGAAGGAAAAGAUAGCAAACCGGUUUUUCCUUCAUGGCUGCGACCUGAAUUCCCUUCAUCAAAACAUUCCCCCGGUGAUCCUUCCCGAAGAGUACGGUGGCACCGCGGGCAAGCUGGACAUCUCUGCGUGGAACGAGCUGCUGCUGGCCUCUGAAGAGGACUUCCUGCACGACUUCUCCCAGCUGGUGGUGCCCUGUGACAGCUCCCCCCACGACAUGCUCGUGAGUGGGGAUGCCGAUGAAAAGCAGUGUGAUGAUUCUCUGCGGGGCAUGAAACCUCAGCUCUAUUACUGCUACUGAGAAACCAGGGCAGGGGGGUUUGCCAGCAGUUCAGGUCUGCUCUCAUAGGUGAUGUUGUGAACUCUGCCUUACUCCUAAACCUGCAGUUUAGGGACAGACUGCUGAGGCACUUUACACUGUAGAACCAAAGGAAGCUGGAGAGGGCACAAUGGGGGCAGGGCAGAGUUCGGGGAGAAUAAAAGCAAAGAGCACAAGUUAUGUAGAAGACUUGAGGCUCAUCAACCUCCAGGUGAAUGAUGCAAAUGGCCUGUUCUUUCUAAUGAUAAA